CCCGCCCCCGCCCCUGGAGAGGCCCGCGCUCCCGCUGCUCGCGCCUGCGCCGCCCGCCGGCCUCGAGAACGCGCCCUCUCGCCGGCGCGCGCGCUCGCAGCCACCGCCACCCACCAGCUCCGGCACCGGCAGCAGCGCCGCCGCCACCGCCCACCUUCUGCCGCCGCCACCACAGCCGCCUGCUCCUCCUCCGCUGUCUUCUCCCGUCCUCACCCUCCGUCGGCUAUCAGGUGAGCCGUGACCGGGAUGGCUGAGCCACGCCAGGAGUUCGACGUGAUGGAAGAUCAUGCCGAGACGUACGGGCUGGGGGACAGGAAAGAUCAGGGCGACUACACCCUGCUGCAAGACCAGGAGGGUGACACAGACCAUGGCCUGAAAGCUGAAGAAGCAGGCAUCGGAGACACCCCCAACCUGGAAGACCAAGCUGCUGGACACGUGACCCAAGCUCGCAUGGUCAGUAAAGGCAGAGAUGGGACUGGAAACGAUGACAAAAAAGCCAAGGGGGCUGAUGGUAAAACGAAGAUCGCCACACCCCGGGGAACGGCCCCUCCAGGCCAGAAAGGGGCCAACGCCACCAGGAUCCCAGCAAAAACCCCGCCGGCCCCAAAGACGCCGCCGGGCUCUGGUGAACCUGCCAAAUCUGGGGACCGCAGCGGCUACAGCAGCCCCGGCUCCCCGGGCACCCCCGGCAGCCGCUCCCGCACCCCGUCCCUGCCGACGCCACCCACCAGGGAGCCCAAGAAGGUGGCAGUGGUCCGCACUCCACCCAAGUCGCCGUCUUCCGCCAAGAGCCGCCUGCAGACGGCCCCCGUGCCCAUGCCAGACCUGAAGAACGUCAGGUCCAAGAUCGGCUCCACCGAAAACCUCAAGCACCAGCCGGGAGGCGGGAAGGUGCAGAUAAUUAAUAAGAAGCUGGAUCUUAGCAACGUCCAGUCCAAGUGUGGCUCAAAGGAUAAUAUCAAACACGUCCCAGGAGGCGGCAGUGUGCAAAUAGUCUACAAACCAGUUGACCUGAGCAAGGUGACUUCCAAGUGUGGCUCUUUAGGCAACAUCCACCAUAAACCAGGAGGUGGCCAGGUGGAAGUCAAAUCUGAGAAGCUGGACUUCAAGGAUCGAGUCCAGUCGAAGAUCGGGUCCCUGGAUAACAUCACCCACGUCCCUGGUGGAGGGAAUAAAAAGAUCGAAACCCACAAGCUGACCUUCCGCGAGAACGCCAAAGCCAAGACGGACCACGGGGCGGAAAUCGUGUACAAGUCGCCGGUGGUGUCGGGGGACACGUCUCCGCGGCACCUCAGCAACGUGUCCUCCACGGGCAGCAUCAACAUGGUGGACUCGCCGCAGCUCGCCACGCUCGCCGACGAGGUGUCCGCCUCCCUGGCCAAGCAGGGUUUGUGAUCAGGCCCCGGGGCGGUCAAUAAUCGUGGAGAGAAGAGAGAGUGAGAGAGUGUGGAAAAAAAAAAGAAUAAUGACCUGGCCCCUCGCCCUCUGCCCCCAGCUGCUCCUCGCAGAUCGGUUAAUCGGUUAAUCACCUAACCUGCUUUUGUCGCUCGGCUUUGGCUCGGGACUUCAAAAUCAGUGAUGGGAAUAAGAGCAAAUUUCAUCUUUCCAAAUUGAAGGGUGGGCUAAUAAUAAAAUAUUUAUUUAAAAAAGAAGCCACUCAGCAACAUGGCCACACCCAGCACUUCCUUGGGCAAUUCCUUCUGAUUCUUUUUUUUUCCCCCCCUCUGAGUCGAAGAGGGAGGAGAGGCUCUGAAAGCGGUUUCCGGGGAAUUUCAGGGGACCGGGGGUGCCCACCGCCCCUGGCCCCGUCCUGGGGGUGUCACAGAGGCAGCGGCAGCAACAAGGGAUUCGAAACUUGGUGUGUUCGUGGAGCCACAGGCAGAUGAUGUCAACCUUGUGUGAGUGUGAUGGGGGCGGGGCGGGCAGGGGAGAGGAAGGCGGGGCGGGCAGGGGAGAGGAAGGACGGCGCCGGGCGUGGGAGACUCGACGCCGCCCCCUGCCGGGCGCCGCCGGGAGAGCAGCGGGAAGGGCGACCGCCUCCGCAGCCUGCAGCCGCUCAGACCUGGCGGCCUCCUGCUCUUGGUGGCCCGGGUCGCCUGCGCGUCGGUGUGCCACCCCCUGGAGGGCGGCCUGGGGGAGAAGGGGCAGUGGGCAGGAGGAGAGGGAAGGUCGGCGGGAGGGUGGCACCCUGUGCGUUACUUCCUUGGAGGAGACUGACCUCGAUGUCUGAUGUCCGAGAGCGCUGGCCUCUUCCUCCCUCCCUGCAGGGUGGGGGUCCUUCUUGAGCUGAGCGGGGUCCUGAGCUAAGAGGCUUCCCUCGGCUCCAUGGAAACUGAUGUAUUGAGUUCUGAAGGUUGGAACUGCAGCCACGAUUUUGGCCACCUCGCAGACCGGGGACUUUAGGGCUAACCAGUUCUCUUUGUAAGGACUUGUGCCUCUUGGGAGAUGUCCGCCUGUUCCCACGUCUGGCCUCCGGCAUCUCUGGAGUGUUCGGGGGUCUGGGAGGUGGGUUCCAAGCCUCCUGUCCCUCCCACGGCCACUGCAGCCACCUCUGUCUGCCCUGCCCUGCGUGUGUCUGCUGUGAGAGCCAAUCACUGCCUGUACUCAUAAUCGUGUCACACUGUCCCGAGUUCCCAGCCUCACCACCCACCUCUCAGCAGUGGACAUUGGCUGGAUAUGGGAGGCACCUACUCUAAGUGGUGAAACUAAGGGAAGGCAAAGUCCAGGCACAAAGGUUGGGCCUAAGUCUCUCGCUCCAAGUUCCUCAUCCUGUGGGUGUGCCUCUCACAGCGGAUUUGAUGACCUUAUUCGAUUCCCUGCCCCCAGCCCCCAUCACAGAUAUGAGCCAGGGUGCUGCUCACCAAUGACCCUAGACGUUCUUGCCUUGUUGACGUGGAGAGAGCCUUUCUCUCCCAGAAGGCCUGGUCCCUUCCCGUGUUGAGCUGGCGGCAGGAGUUGGGUGUUGCCAAUGAUAGCACCAGGAUGGGCACGCCAGGCUCCCCAGGCAGGACCACUCUUCCUCCGCCCCCAACUUGUGCCCCAGCUUGAGACUGCCAGCCUCCCAGAGCCCAGCCACUGCUCACCUCCACGUGCAUAUAAUCACCCUCCACACCCCAAAAAGGGGAACAUGCCCCCUCGGAAAUGGUUCUUCCCCCCAGUCCCAGCUGGAAGCAAUGCUGUCUGUUCUGCUGGAGCAGCUGAACAUAUACGUAGAUGUUGCCCUUCCCUCCCCGUCUGCACUCUGUUGCAUUGUAGUUGGAUUUGUCUGUUUAUGCUUGGAGUCACCAGAGUGACUAUGAUAGUGAAAAGACAAAAAAAAAAAAAGACAAAAAAAAAAAAAAAAA